AUGGGUCUGGAAUUCGAGGAUGAUUGCAGUUACUACUACCGCCUUGCAGUCACCACGCCCACGCUGCACCUUGCGUCGCCCCUCUACCUCAUCUUCGAGUUCUCCAACCGCCACCUUGACGCCAUCACGGUAGCCGCUCUGCUCCAAGCCGCCCUUGGUGGCUGCACCGCCGACUUCUUUGUCGCUCAGUGCUCCCCCCUGAUCUUCCGCUUCCAUGUGGCUUCUCCGCGAGUCGGAGAGAUCAUUCUACACCAAAAACCAAUCCGACAUCGUAACUACGCCUUCUCCUUCGCUCGCUCACUAUCUCUGCUUCCACCCACGCCUGCUGCGCCAGAUUCUUGCAUGUCGCUCGCCACCUUUCUGCAAGUUCCAGAAGACCUCUGCCUUCAUUUUGAAGGUGUGGUCUCCAUGCAACUCCGGUCGACUGUCACCAUCGACCCACGCCACAACCGCCAUGGAUGCCGCAUGUACGCUUGCGUCAUCCAAUUCCCGUUUACCCUACACGCUCAUUCCAUGGCCCUCAUCCUCGCUCGCCUCUUCGGUGGCUGCUUCUCCCACUUCAACGUUACCGACGAAGGAGACUCUUGCUUCUCUUUCACCAUUGCCAGCCCUGCGGUUGCCAACCUCAUCGCUGCCAUGGGCGAUUUCCACAAAAGAGGCAUGAUGAUCCGCUUCCCUCGUCCGUCUGCCAUGGGUGGCCCCGCGCGCUCGCUCGCUGGAAAGACCGAGUCCCCCGUGCAUUGA